CUCUCUAUAUUCCAGUUUAUUUAAAAUUUCAAAUAUUUUUCUAUCUGUCUAAAGAUACGAAAGAAUUUAAACAUUAAUAUACCCAAUAUGAUUUUUAUAAAAUAAGGGACUAAAAUAAUCCACUGAGAAUAAGAGAAAAAUUAUAAGUGCUGCCUAGUUGCCUCAUUCUCCCUCCUUACUUCAUAAGUUUUUUGCUCGUUUACAAAACAAAACAAAAAGUAAAAGAAAUAUUUCGUUUCCAAUGGCUCUGCGAGGAGAUGAGCAUGAGUUUAUGAACCUAAGAGAAUGGGAUCGAAGAGCUCGAUUGAUCCGAGAAAACCCUACUUCAAGAAGGUUCUCUGCUUCAUACGUUGGAAGCUUUGGAGAAGAUCAUCACAAGUCUUCUUCAAGAACAUACUUAAAUAGCAUCUCUAGUACUGCCUCUUCUCCUGGCUACACCCUCAAAGACGAGAUUGACCCAUCAACAUAUUCCUUCACCAAUGCACUUAAGGCGUUACAAGCAAAGACAAUGUUCAAUAACAGAGAAUGGUUAACACAAGAAGGGUUUGCGUUGAAUUCGAAAUGGAACGAAGCAGAGAAAUAUAUAUGUAAUCCAGUGUCUGGAGAAGUUCCAAUGGAGUGUUUGUCUUCUAAGACAUUAAGUGCAAGAUCUUUUAGAAACUUGACCACCACCAUGUCUGCUCCUCUUCACUACCCUGAUCCCAAUCCAUUGAUGAAUAAUAUUGGUCAAAACAAACCCAAUGAUAAUUCUAACGUUAAAGUCAUUCACGAGGAUCUUUAUGCUCCUGAUCCUGUUCUUGUUCGAGCAGAAAAGAAAGUUGUGGGGCUGAAACGGGAUGUGGGCAUUCAGAGUACGUCGGUGGAUCUUAGCUCCGGUAGCCCUAGUCCGGCAAAGACGCCUCCGAUCAUGGAACGGUCACUGAAACGACACGUGGAACCUAAUGAUUCGCCAGUGGAUUUUAAUCUCAAACUAGAAGGUCAACAAGAGGAUUUGAAGUUGGAAGACAAAGAGAAAGAAGGAGACAAGCAAGAGAUGAGUAAAGAAGAAACAUUAGAGAAGCAAGAGGUGAGUAAUACAGAAGGAGAAGAAACAGAAGAUAAGCAAGAGAUGAGUAUUAAAGAAGGAGAAGGAGAAGAGAAGCAAGAGAUGAGUGAUGAAGAAGAAGAAGAAAUGAAGAAGCAGAAGAAGCGAGGAGGAAGUGGAUGCUUCUCAUGGAGAAGAUCAAGACAAAGGCAAGCUAGAAAAUCAAAAUACAUCUUCCCUAUUUGUGUUCCUCAUCUUGUCAAAGGUUGUUGAAAACAACCUUACAACCCAAGAGAUUCUUCAAAAAACAACAAGCAAGAACUUCUUAAUGAGAUUAUUAUUAUCAUUAUUAUAUAGUA